GCAGACCCAGAGGGCGCUUUAGCAUUAAAACGACUUCUUGUUUUGAUUAGGAGGUCGUUUCACGUUUUCCAUACAUACGGACCCAUUAUUGAGGUAUCGCAGGCGACAAAAUGGAAAAACACGCAGAAGCUCAGAACCACCCUCCCACCUACACCGAGGCGAUGGUAGAUGUGCCACCCCAGUACCCCAUGAACCCCGGCUACCCACCCCAGGGGCAGCCUGUCCAAGGCUACGCUCAGUACCCUGUUUACCAGCAAGGAUAUGGGAACCCCCCUGUCAUGCAGUAUGGCAACAGUGUCACAGCAGUUAUCCAGACCCAGCCCAUGAUCCAGGGUGGCCAGAAUGCCACCCCGCCCCCCGACCACAUGUGUGGGGCCAUCUUCGUCACCCUGUGCUGUUUCUGGCCCACUGGAAUCAUCGCCAUCAUGAAAGCUAACGAUGCUCGAUGUUCGAUGGCUCGCGGUGACGUGGUGUCUGCAAACCUUGCUGCAAGGUCAUCCAAACAGAUGAUCAACAUCAGCAUCAUCGUGGGGAUCAUUGUCCUCAUCGUGUGUGGCCUCAUCUUAGGCCUCUACAUCGGACUGGUCCUCACCCAUCUGUACUAGAGGGACAUCAACACUUGUCCCUAAACAAUAUUUUGUGGUUAUGAUUACCUGAGCGACUUAUCAUUCAGUGCCAUCAACUUUCAAGGAUGCUCAAACAUGAUUAUUUUUUUUGCCUCUACCCAAACUCUAGCUGGAUUUAAGUUUCAAGAUUUAGUUAAAUCACUCAUGCUCUUAUUUUAAAAGUCAUGUAAUUAGAACCACAAAAUCUUGAUUUGUUACCUUUAUUGUUACCUUGGAAACUGAUAUAUUUUGUUAGGAUCAUUGUAUGGUUACAAGAUACAAGCAAGACCUCAUGGGAGCUGUAUCUCAUCGAACAAGGGAAAUUCAUGCCAUAACUGCAAGUCUCGGCAGGUUCUUUUAAACUUCUUUUAAAUUUUCUCUGGUUGGGGGUCCCUUUUCUCUAAAUUUUAUGGACUUUCUGUGUUUUUUUCUAGUCUGCAAGAUCUGAAUAGUCCCCCAUAUCUCAGAAUUGGAACUAAGUACACGUCCAUUAUCAAGGUUACUCCAAGAUGAUUUUUCUAAUGAUAAUGGUGUCCCAGAGGCUAUCGGAAACUUUCUGAGUAUGUUCUUACGUGUGAUAAUUAUUUGGGGCUAGAAGACUUCCAGGUUAAUCUCUAUCAUUGCCUAGCAGUUGGACAUAGAUUGUCCUAGCUGCUGCAUUUUGCUAUGCAGAGUUGCAUCCCUUGGCCAUCCAAUGAUCCACUGCUAUGUUCAAAUCCAGCAAUCAGAUCAUGUUUGUGCUUGGUUUACCAAGCUCAUGGAUUUGAACAAAAGUACAAUCUGCAUCAUGAUGGGUUUGUGUGUAGUUGAAAUAAAGUUAAAAGCUGUGUCAGAACCAACUAUGGGACUGGUGGGACUGGUUACUGUUUGGGCGGGGGGGGGGGCGGCAUGAAAAAAUGACACGGCAAAAGAUGAAAAGAGGAAGGUUACCAAAAUUUAUCACAACUAUAUGGAGGGCCAUGAAAGAAUUAUGAAAUAUGAAAUGGACCAUUUUAUAGGGACUUGUCAUUUAUUAUUGGAAGGGGGAGGUGGGGGGGGGUGUCCAUGAAAACAUGUUACAUGUAUUUAGGAAACCUUAAAAAAUGGGGGGAAGGGGAAUAUGAUAAAACUCAUUUUGUGUUCAUCUACUGUCAAGAUCUGAUUUAUACACUUCUGUUGUACAUUUUGAUAAGUAUACUUUAAAUGUGUAAUGAGAGUAACAUAAUGAUUUUGUGCAUCUGUUAAAUGCCUGUAAGUCAUAUAUGAUAUUGAACUGUGAUGGAAAUCUUACAACUGUGAAUUAUUUGGUUCUGGUGAUGCUGUGAUACAUAUUAUUUGGGCACCUUGUAGUACCAGUGCAUAAUAGUUCUUGUAUUGUAUGGUGUAUAAUAUCCAUAACGUGACAUGUUGUAUCCCAGUAAAUGUCAUGUAUCUGUCAGUCUGACGAAGAUAUUGUAUUGUUGAAGGUUUUUGUAUAUAGUUAUGUACUUAUCUAUACUCCAGACAUGUAAUCUUGAAACUGCAUUUAAAUAUUGUUGCUGUGAAACGUGCUACAAAAGCAGUCGGUCAAUUUUAAUUGCAAUUUUCAUGAACUUUAUUUCUGUGGUUGAGUCCACUGUUACUACCCUGUCAAACCCCUUAAGUCUUAAUGGACUAGUCUUUUGAUACACUUUUUAAAGUUGACUGUUAAAUGUAUUUUUAUAUUGUCAGUAUUUACAGUAUAUGCAUUUUCUGUAAAGUUUAGUCAGCGGCCUAAAAAGAAUAAAUCUAUCUGGAUAACCUAAUUUAAACGGCUUUAAAAUAUCAGGUGUACAAUUCUGUUAAAAAAUAGUUAUGUCCUUCUGAUGUGCCAUGAACCUAUUAAAACAUUAAAAACUAAAGUGAAAGUGUAUUCAAGUUUCUCCCGUAUGACAAAUAUGUUGUUUUGCUUUACAUAUAAGUUUACAUUUGUAUAUAUAGUACCAUUCCUGUUACAUCGUCAUGGAGUUACAUCAGAGAUAGCAGAGCUCCAUAUAACUUUUUGAGCAAUUGAGUUUUUACUCUAGGGUUUCCAAUAUUUUUUCACUCAUCUAUUCAUCACUCUAUUGGGUUUUUCUCAAAAUUAGCGAAAUUUUAAGAUUUGAAAAAAAUGAAAUAAU